UUCGUAGGGCCGAGAAGACGGAAGUCCUCAGCGAAGACCUUCUGCAGGUGGAGAAGCGACUGGAGUUGGUGAAGCAGGUGUCUCACAGCACCCACAAGAAGCUGACCGCCUGCCUUCAGGGCCAGCAAGGUGUGGAAGCCGACAAGCGUUCAAAAAAGCUGCCCCUGACGACGCUGGCCCAGUGCUUGACGGAAGGGUCGGCCAUCUUGGGCGAUGACACUCUGCUCGGGAAGAUGCUGAAACUGUGCGGCGAGGCCGAGGACAAGCUAGCGCAGGAGCUCAUCCAUUUCGAGCUGCAAGUGGAGCGGGACGUGAUCGAGCCCCUCUUCAUGCUGGCCGAGGUGGAAAUCCCAAAUAUCCAAAAGCAGAGGAAGCACCUCGCCAAGCUUGUGCUGGACAUGGAUUCUUCCAAGACGAGCAGGUGGCAACAGGCUUCCAAGACUUCCGGUCUGUCAAGCAACCUGCAGCCUACAGGUGCCAAAGCUGACGCCCUCAGGGAAGAGAUGGAGGAGGCCGCCAACAGGGUGGAGAUAUGCCGGGACCAACUCUCGGCUGACAUGUACGGUUUUGUGGCGAAAGAAAUCGACUAUGCAAACUACUUUCAGAUGUUGAUGGAGGUGCAGGCGGAAUACCAUCGGAAGUCGUUAGUGCUGCUGCAGAACGUGCUGCCCCAGCUCAAAGCACAACAGGAGGCCUGGGUGGAGAAGCCGUCGUACGGGAAGCCCCUGGAGGACCACCUGGAGGUCAGCGGGCGGGAGAUCGCCUUCCCCAUCGAGGCCUGCGUGACCAUGCUGCUGGAGUGCGGCAUGCAGGAGGAGGGCCUCUUCCGGGUGGCCCCCUCCGCCUCCAAACUGAAGAAGCUGAAAGCGGCCUUAGACUGCUGCGUGCUGGACGUGCAGGAAUACUCUGCCGACCCCCACGCCAUCGCAGGCGCUUUGAAGUCCUAUCUCCGAGAGCUGCCGGAGCCCCUCCUGACCUUCGAACUUUACGAAGAAUGGAUUCAGGCAUCCAAUAUUCAGGAUCAAGACAAGAGGCUCCAGGCCCUGUGGAACGCCUGUGAAAAGCUACCCAAGGCCAACCACAGCAACAUUCGAUACUUGAUCAAAUUUCUGGCCAAGCUGUCCGAGUACCAAGAUGUAAAUAAAAUGACCGCCAGCAACAUCGCCAUCGUGCUGGGCCCCAACCUCCUCUGGCCUCAGGCGGACGGGAACAUCACGGAGAUGAUGACCACCGUCUCGCUGCAGAUCGUCGGGAUCAUCGAGCCCAUCAUCCAGCACGCUGACUGGUUCUUCCCUGGGGACAUCGAGUUCAAUGUGACCGGAAGCUACGGGAGUCCGGUGCACACCAACCACAAUGCCAACUACAGCUCGAUGCCCUCACCGGACACGGACCCGCCGGACCGGCCGCCGGGGGAGCAGGCCCGCCGGCCGCUCAGUGUGGCCACCGACAACAUGAUGCUGGAAUUUUACAAAAAAGACGGCCUUAGGAAAAUCCAAAGCAUGGGCGUGCGGGUCAUGGACACGUCGUGGGUCGCUCGCCGCGGCUCCUCGGUCGCCCGGAAGUCGGCCUGUGCCCCGCCUGCCGUCCAGCCGCCCGCCCCGCCCUCCGAGACCGCCGCUCCCCCACAGUCGCCCGGGCCGGAGCAGCCCCCAGAGACCCCAGCGAGCCCGUCCCCGACACCCACCGGCUUCGGUUUCCAGCCGGGCCCGGAGCGGACAAGCACUUUAAAGAGCAAGGAGCUUUCCCCGGGGGCCGGCCACGCGGGAAGUCCAGGAUCCAGCCACGCGGCCCCCAGUGCGGUGUCCCAGCCGGCCGCCGGCCCCAGCCAGCCGCCCCCGGACCAGAGCCCGCACGCCCUCCGGAAAGUUUCCAAGAAGCUGGCACCAGUCCCACCCAAAGCCCCUUUGGGCCAGCCAACGAGCAUGACUGACCAGUCCAUUGUCCAACCCUCCCCCGUCAGCCUGUCCCCCACCCCUCCCAGCACCCCUUCUCCCUAUGGAUUUAGCUACCCCGCAGGUUACUCCCUGCUCCCCUCGGGCCAACUCUCCCCAGCCUCGGCCCCGCCCCCACCCCCGCCGGCAGCGUCUCCCACUUCUUCGAGCACUUUAGCCAAAUCGAGGCCCACGCCCAAGCCACGCCAGAGGCCCCCACUGCCACCUCCGCCCCAGCCUCCCACGGCAAGCCUCUCCGGCUCUAGUCCGCAGUCCAUCGACCACCCCGUGCUCGACGGCCUGUCUCCCGGGGAGAGCGUGUCCACAGAUCUGGGCCACUUUGAGAUCCCUUCUAUCCACAUAGAGCUCGGUUCAGGCCUCCACCAGGGUCCGCUGGAGCAAAUGCAGAGACACUCGGUGGCGAGGAAAAGAGACUUAGCGGAAGAAGAUUCUGAAAGCACCGCCCUAUGACAUGGCAACCCACCCCCAUCUGACCAGCGUGUACAUAGCGGAACCCUCCGAGAAGGCUGUCCAUCCAAUCAUCCGGCCGAGUCUCCUCCUCCAGGUCUCUUCGUGCUCUAGGACCGUCCAGAAAAUUCCAGUCUGUCCCCGUGGCAGAUGCCAAGGGGGCAAGUAAUUUGAUUUUGUCGAUUUGUCGGGGGAGGUCAGUGAGUUUGGCCAGUUCCAAAGUUUGCCUUUUGACUUGGUGCCUAAUUCUAGCUCCCAUCCACCCUCAGCCCCGCCCCGGGUAAGGACCAGUGCCUGUCUUCACGGACCAAUGCAGCUGCAAGCCCAAUCCAUCCGUGGGGUAGGGGGCAGGAAAGGGAGUCUGGGGCGGUAGGGCAGUCCUCUUCGGCCCCCUGACUUCCAUUAUUUAGCUGUGGCCACGGGUUCGGAGAAGGCCUGCCGGUGACCUUCGCUCUGCCUCUUUGCCCCGCCCAUGCCCUAGGCUCCCUUUUAGGGGCCUUCCCUCCCACUUCCCGUGUCCCCGUCGUCCCCCUCCCGCCAUCUUCCCCCACCCGACGCUACAGUUCUACAAUCCAGCCCCACUGUACGUCAGCUGAGAAACCCCUCUGAGCGGACCCAUCAGGGGACCCGGUUUGCCUGAUGGACAGGGUUUAGCUCGCCCGGGCCGUUUUCUUCCACACGGCCCCUGGGACUCACCUUGGCCCCGUCGGCCCAGUGUCGUUAUGGGGGACCGGGUCUCACCGACAAAGCCCAACAGAAAUCUUUGGUUGUUUUUCUCCCUCCCUCUGGGUCUGUAAGUUAGCGCGACACCCCUUUGCUGUAUUCUUCUGACAGAUGGAAACUUGAAUUGUUUAUAGAAAGAGCUAUUUUGAGGGUGACCGAACCUGAAGAUGACUAUUUUUUUCAAAUGAUCUUGGAACCCUGACCGGUGGUCAUUACACCCCCGACCCGCUGCGUGUAGUGCAUCUCAAGAAGUGAAUCCCAUCCAGCCUUCUAGCCUUCCCUCUGCCCGCACCCACGGUGGGGACCUCAUCAGCAGGUAACCACUGAAGACCAAUGAUUCAAGCAGUCCUGAAGCAUGCUGUGAAGAGAGAAGGAAUCAGCCCCCAAGGAAGGGUCAGCAGACGCGGCCCUCCUCCGUCAUCAGUAUUGAUAUGGCACCCCUCCCCUCCCACCCCCUCCACUAAGCCGCGUAGCCGAGCAUCCGCGAGAGGAGAUGGGAAAACAGGUAGAUGGUUUGGAUCCUAUUUCUACUGUGAAUUUAAAAGAGACAAACUAGGGGGAGGAGCGAAUUUGGUCAUGCAUGCAAAGUUCACCUUCAAAAUGUUAUCUUUUUAUUCUACAUAUAUAUCUGGGCCUAGAUAUAUAUAUUAUAUAUAAUAUAGAUCUCAUAUUUCUAUAUAGGGCAUCUCUAUUCGUUUUAUUUGAUCCAUUCCAUCGAAAUGUAUGUACAGAUCUGCAGUGGAAAGCGAAAAGCUUCAUUUUCCCCCAGUAUCAUGUGUGUGUAAAGUGACUCUCUUCUCUGGCAGCAGUAUUUGCAGAUUAAGAUGUUCUUGCUUUGUACACUUUAUGGCAUUUCCCAGGCUGCAGUGGAGCAAGGGUGGGUGGGGGGAAUCACUCGGAAAUUCAUGUGCAAAUAGUCGUUGAAAGUAAUGUUAUUAAAAUAGAUUUAUUAUCCUUGA